CAGUUGAUCCUUCACGCAUCGUAGUUGAUUCUUCCAGCAGCUCAGCUUGUGCUACUGGAAUAACAGUCGAUUCUUCCAGCAUCCCGGAUUAUCCUUCUAGCAUCGCAGUUAACCCACUGUAGCAUUCCAGUUGAUCCUCUCUAGCAUCAGAGUUGAUCGUUCCAGCUCCCAGUUGAUCCUCCAAGCAUCCCAGUUGAUAAUUCCAGUUUCCGAAUUGAUACUCCUAGCAUCCUUGUUGAUGUCACUGGCAUAACACCUGAUGCUUCUAGCAUCUCACUUGAUGUUAAACGCAACCCAAUUGACUCUCCUAGCAUCCUAGUUGAUUCUUCUAGCAUCUCAGUUGAUCCAUCUGGCAUCCCAGUGAAUUCUUCUAGCAUCCAAGUUGAUACUUCUAUGAUCGCAGUUGAUACAGUUAGUAUCCCACUUGAUGCUUCUAGCAUCUCAGUUGAUAUUAUGAGCAUCCAAGGUGAUGCUAGUAGCAUACGUGGUGGUUCCAAAAAUGAGCUCGUAAUUGUUAGUUUCUGCAGUUUCGAGCCCACAUUUUUUUUGACCUAAAAGAAGCCAUUUGUCAAUAAAAAAUCUAUUUGAAAAUUAUGAAAAAUCAAUGUUACCAAUGGUUUCCUCGACCCCGAAAAUCUUAUUCUCAAGCUUUACAGUGGAUUUUUAUUUGAUAUGACCCUCCCUUCAGUCUAGCGAAUAAGUCAAAAGCGAACUAUAUCCGUUGUUUAGAGAAAUCGAGUCUCUACCAAAUCAUAUAGAAAGAAAAAAAUUGCUAAAAUUUUGUAGGAACACAGAACACUGAUGAGUAUAAGAAGAGAAAACGAGAAACAAGAAAGACUUAUCCUUCGAAAGGACACGUUCAGCUCUACAAAAUGGACUAUUCAUUGUCUUUUUUUUUUCUUUUCAUACUUGCAAAAGUUUCGUAUUAAAUAGAGAGCUUUUAAUUUAUUUUUUGAAUAUUCCAUGUCAUGUGACAAUGAGUUUCAAUAGAACAUGGAAAUCUCCUUACAAUUUUGGAAAUUUAACAUUUCAGAUAUUACAAAUAAUUGUCGACAUAAAAGAAUUCUUUCAAAGUCCUUCUCUUAAAGACUAAGUUACAGAAAGUACUUUUUCAUGUAGGAGAGCCAAAGAUCUCUUCGACAAUGAUGAUUCAUUGUCUUUGUUUAUUAUAGUUAUUCCCAAUAUUCCAAUCGAUGCUCAAUGGUCACAGAAUGAAGAGACCAUUGCUGGAGGUAAUGGACCCGGACAUCAAACAAAUCAACUCUCGAGGCCUAAAGGUCUUUUCGUUGAUGAUGAUCAAACGAUAAUCAUUGCUGACGGGAUGAAUGAUCGUAUCGUCCAGUGGAAGAAGGGUGAGACGAAUGGAGAAGUUGUAGCUGGUCCAAAGGGCCAAGGAAAUCAACUGGAUGAUCCAACCGAUGUGCUGAUCGACAAAGAGACUGAUAGUCUCAUUAUAUGCGAUAGAGGGAAUCGACGAGUUGUACGAUGGCCUCGUUGUAGUGAUACAACUCCAGGUGAAAUCCUCAUCGACAACAUUGACUGUUAUGGAUUGUUCAUAGAUGAUCAGAGAUAUAUCUACGUCUCUGACUACAAAAAACAUGAAGUAAGACGAUAUCAAAUAGGAGACAAGAAUGGAAUUAUCGUGGCUGGUAGACAUGGGAAAGGUGCUCGUCUCAAUCGACUUAACUAUCCGACCUAUAUCUUUGUCGAUCAACGACAGACUGUCUACGUGUCAGACAAGGAGAAUCAUCGUGUAAUGAAAUGGAAUAAAGGUGCAAAAGAAGGUAUUGUCGUCGCUGGAGGACAAGGCGAAGGGAAGGAUGAGACACGAUUGUCUUCUCCUCAAGGACUCUUCGUCGAUACAUUGGGUACCAUCUAUGUGGCAGAUGCGGGGAAUCACCGAGUGAUGCGUUGGCCGAAAGGAGCAAAACUGGGUACUGUCAUUGUGGAUGGAAAUGGUGAAGGAGCAAGAGCAAAUAAGUUCAGUGCUCCCGAAGGUUUGUCUUUCGAUCGACAAGGCAAUCUCUACGUUGCCGAUUGCGAUAAUUAUCGUGUUCAGUUUUUUUCAAUUCAAUAA